UGGUUAUUAUUCUCUUGCCAUGCAGUCACCGCCGGCUGUGUGCUGAUGCUGACCACCCUAAGCUGCACAUCCACAGGACUCCCGGUGCGCACUGUGAGCACAGAAAAGUGCGGAGACUUCAAGAACCUCCUUGGCAAUCUCAGAGAGCUUCUCAGGCUCCGCAGUGAUGUUUUGUGUCAUGGCAUCGCCUCUGAUACAAUGGAGGUUAGAACUACAUCUGACACAGUGCUGGCCUGCGCACCCAUUCUGACUCAGAACUCAAGCUGUAUGAUGCAAAGAAAUUCAUCCUUCAAUGAGAGUAAAUGUCUGACGAAUAUCAUGAAGGACUUGGCCCACUAUGAUGCUGCUAUUAAGUCCUACAUCAACUCCUCACUCAGAAGUCCUGAGGAAGAAGUUGCACUGAGACCAACUCUGGGAAUAAUACAGAGCCUGAUGAAGAACUGCUUCCUGAUGCCGAAUGGAGUGAACAACUCUUCAGAGGAGGAUGCUGCCCAGAUGUGGGGAUAUGACACCUUCAGUAACAGGCAGAAGAUGUGCAAGAAGAUGAGGGGCUUCCACGUGCGAACCAUCACCAUCAACCGAGCUAUGGGCUACAUCUCCUCAGGAGAACACAGGAAGUAAACAUCCUGCAAUCUCCUCAUCACCACCAUCAUCAUUCCACUAAUGCCACACUAUCUCUACUAUUUACCUAACCAAGCCAUCCUGAUCAUUCACUACCAUCAUUUGCAACUACUAACCAAGUAGUGCUUUACACUGCACAGCCUGCACAGCCGUGUUCAUGAUUACUGUGCAGGCAUAAGCUAGCUGGCCAGACUAAAGCCUCUUCACUCAGUGACAGCUGUUGGCCCAUUUAAAAGUAUUCCAAUAUUUGGGGGAAUAUAUCUACAGUAUUUAUUUGAGAUCUAUUUAUUACAUGUAUUUAUGUAUUUAUUU